AUGAAGGUGCUCAGCCCGGAAGACAUUGCAGCUUCUUGGUCCCGCGUCCGUCGGGUAUAUCUCGAGGUUUUGGAGGCAGACGGUCAGAGCCUUCGCCGGGAGAGCGCCAAGCGGUUGAAGGCCGAGACUGCCAUUUUCCGCCUAAGCGAGUUGGAAGCAGCACAAGCAGGCCUCCAAGAAAAGAGGCUGGAGCGGUGGAACCAGCAACAAAUGGCAAAGGAGGAGGCCUCGCAGCGCCGCCAUGCUGACCUCUCAAAGCGACUACCUCGCACAUCUGAUGAG